UCAACCCUCAGUUCUCAGUUUUUGAAAAUACUUACUUUUAAGUAUGUAAGUAGGGUUGAAGUAGUGUGUUUUUGACUGAGCAUCUGUAUAACCUGACAACGUAUAGUACCAUAGUUCACCAUUAGAUGUCACUCUGUAACAUACUUUACAUUCUUGCCAGACAAUUCCUUACCGAAACGCUUGUCAGAUUCAGAAAGUUGGCAUUGCUUAACAGUGCACUUACACUGAUACAUAGUGGUUUCUCUCUAAACACACAUUCGUAAAUUAUAAUUGUUACUACCUUUUAAUUCUACAUCUAAGUCUGUACUGAACCCAACUGAUUUUCCUUAGUUUUCUUUAAAAUUUGAAUGCUGGCUUUAUUUUUUGCUUAUUUUCUAUGUGGAGCAAAGUCUGCAAAUAUUACAAGUAGUGGUGGGAAGAAGUAGGAUAUUCAAGAAUACCUUCAAACGUGUUCAGAAUUCUUCUGUUAGUAAUGCAAUUUGAAAAAUACCUUAUUCCAGGAGGCUGACUGACCCCACACUCAUGGGCGACUGCUGGUUUUGUUUGGGUGUGUCAGAGAAAGAGGGAGAACGGACUUGGCUCUGAAGAGAAACGUAGAGGCAGAGAACACGGAGACCUGUAGGCUCUGCUGGCCAGUCCUGGAACACAGGAAAGUGCCAAGAAUGAGAUUCCUUCACUCAUUCCCACCCUUACAAGAUAGGAAAGGUCAGGUCAGGGGGGGUUUGAUGUUCACCUUAUCCCUAAGGGUGGCCAAAUGCUAACCCAUGUGACGAUGUAGGGAUCAGGUGUCUCAGGGCCGAGGACACUGCUGACAGUCCAGCCCCUCUGUGCCCAGCUGGGAGUCCAGUUGUAUGCAUGAGCCUCUCCUGCAGCACUGUUGCUCAGUCGUGUUCCCCGCACACCUGCCAGAACACAGCCAGUGACCAUUUUCCUCACUUCGCUCAGAAUAUUGAAAUUUGAAUGAAACAGCGAUGUUGUUUCUGAGUGAUACAAUGAACAACCCCCCCCUCCCCGCCCCCGCCAGCCCAAGCAUGUGAACAUUCACGCAGAUGCGGAUCCACCCAUGUCCUCUGGGACACCAGCUCCCAGCCUUUCACACCUCAGCCAGAAAUAACUAUCUUACAGUUUCUGUUUAUGGUUUUAUUUGGAAAAAAAAAAAAAAAGAAUGUUGUCAUUUAUCAGCAUGGUUUUAUAAAAUUCAAAAUUUAAAACCCUGAGUAUAAUAAAAUACCAAAGAAUAAGGACAUUUGAAUCCAUUUAUAUUGAUCUGUCAAAUUAUACACAAUGUAUUAUCAAAAAAUGAAAUUUUAUGUUCUGCUUUUGCUUUAGAAUAAGAUAUGCAUUUUUUUUUAAUACGUUAGUAUAGGAUGACUACUAACCCUUAUCGGGAAGACCUUUUUAAUUCUUUGGUCUUAAAAUGACAUUUUUUAAUGAAAUAAUGAAGCAAAUAAAUGACAAUUUUUGUGAAGUAAUUGGUAAUGUCGGUGUAGAAAAUACAGUAGAAAGGGUGUCAUACUCCAGACUACAGUAGUGUCCUCACCAGGAGUUAGGACGUGCUGAGACUGUUACUCACUUAUACUGAUAGAGGUGCAUCUUGUAAUCCAUAUAUUUUUUCCUUAUGUUUUUGUGUAUUCCUACAGUUAAAGAAGUGAACAGGUCAUGGCACGUUUAACAAAAAGACGACAGGCGGAUACGAAAGCUAUCCAGCAUCUUUGGGCAGCCAUUGAGAUUAUACGGAACCAGAAGCAAAUUGCCAACAUUGACCGUAUUACAAAGUAUAUGUCUCGAGUCCACGGUAUGCAUCCAAAAGAGACCACCCGUCAGCUGAGCCUGGCUGUGAAAGAUGGUCUCAUUGUGGAAACCCUAACAGUGGGCUGCAAAGGCUCAAAGGCUGGUAUUGAGCAGGAAGGAUACUGGUUGCCAGGAGAUGAGAUUGCCUACAGUAUGCAGCCUUUCUCCAGGACAGCAGCCCCAAACAAGGACUGGGAAACAGAAAAUCAUGACUGGUAUUGUUUUGAAUGCCAUUUGCCUGGAGAGGUGUUGAUAUGUGACCUGUGUUUUCGUGUGUAUCAUUCCAAGUGUUUGUCUGAUGAGUACAGGCUUAGAGACAGCAGUAGUCACUGGCAGUGCCCAGUUUGCAGGAGCAUCAAGAAGAAACACACAAACAAACAGGAGAUGAGCACGUACUUGCGGUUCAUCGUGUCCCGCAUGAAGGAGAGGGCUAUAGACCUUAAUAAGAAGGGGAAGGACAACAAACACCCAAUGUAUCGGAGGCUGGUGCACUCAGCGGUGGACGUCCCCACCAUACAGGAGAAAGUGAACGAAGGGAAAUACCGCAGUUAUGAAGAGUUCAAAGCUGAUGCUCAGCUGCUUCUCCACAACACAGUGAUUUUCUACGGAGCAGACAGCGAGCAGGCUGACAUAGCACGGAUGCUGUAUAAAGACACCUGUCACGAGCUGGAUGAACUACAGCUUUGCAAGAAUUGCUUCUAUUUGUCAAAUGCUCGUCCUGACAAUUGGUUCUGCUACCCUUGUAUACCUAAUCAUGAACUGGUUUGGGCCAAAAUGAAAGGUUUUGGUUUCUGGCCAGCCAAGGUCCUACAGAAGGAGGACAACCAGGUUGAUGUUCGCUUCUUCGGUCACCACCACCAGAGGGCCUGGAUUCCCUCUGAGAACAUCCAGGACAUCACGGUCAACGUCCACCGGCUGCAUGUGAAGCGCAGCAUGGGCUGGAAGAAGGCCUGUGACGAGUUGGAGCUGCACCAGCGCUUCCUUCGCGAAGGAAGGUUCUGGAAGUCUAAGAAUGAGGACCGAGGAGAGGAGGAGGCAGAGUCCAGCAUCUCCUCCACCAGUAACGAGCAGCUAAAGGUCACUCAAGAACCAAGAGCAAAGAAAGGACGACGUAAUCAGAGUGUGGAACCCAAAAAGGAAGUAAGUGGCCCGCCUUGCAGUGUCCAGGUGGCACUGCGACAGGAAGUAUCUCCCAAGUUAUGGUCAAGACAGUUGGCUCCAACGUACGGCACUUGUGAAAAGGCACUGCCGUCAGAUAACAUCAACCAGGAACCAGAGCCUGAAACUGAAGCCGUGAGUUCCAGCCAGGAAAUCCCCACGAUGCCUCAGCCAAUCGAAAAGGUUUCUGUGUCCACUCAGACCAAGAAGUUAAGUGCCUCUUCACCAAGAAUGCUGCACCGAAGCACACAGACCACCGGUGAUGGAGUGUGUCAAAGCAUGUGCCACGACAAAUACACUAAGAUUUUCAAUGAUUUUAAAGACCGAAUGAAGUCUGACCACAAGCGAGAAACGGAAAGAGUUGUACGAGAAGCUCUGGAAAAGCUCCGUUCCGAAAUGGAAGAGGAGAAACGACAAGCUGUAAAUAAAGCUGUAGCCAAUAUGCAGGGUGAGAUGGACAGAAAAUGUAAGCAAGUAAAGGAAAAGUGUAAAGAAGAAUUUGUAGAAGAAAUCAAGAAGCUAGCAACACAGCACAAACAACUGAUUUCUCAGACCAAGAAGAAGCAGUGGUGCUACAACUGUGAGGAGGAGGCCAUGUACCACUGCUGCUGGAACACGUCCUACUGCUCCAUCAAGUGCCAGCAGGAGCACUGGCACGCCGAGCACAAGCGCACCUGUCGCCGGAAAAGAUGAAGGCGGGUCUCGCGGAGCACCAGCGACGAGUACUCUUCUCAGACAAAGCGGUUUUUGUUUCCAAGAAGCCAAAAUUGUUUAGAAUUUGCUUCCCAUUUUGCACCAGCCUUUAAACACUUUUCGUGAAGAAAUUUUGCACAGUAGUUUAAAUCUUUUGUUAAUGCUCCUCCGGAGUUUUUCAGGGGGUAAAAGUAACAUCAGUGGAGGGUAUUAUUUUAAAUAAAUUUUAAUUGAGAAUUUGUUGCAUUUUCAGCAAAUUUUAAAACAUUUUUAGGUUUUACAGAGAUUUUAACCUUUAAACAACAGAUCUUUAAAAAACAACAGGUGAAUACAAGUGAGUUUAACAAAGAAACAUUUAAAAUAGAUCUGAAUGUAAGAACUACGGAACUGUUUCAGAAAUAAAACAUACUACCUUGAUGUGAAAUUUAUUUCUUAACCUUGUUGAGCUGGUUUUGUUCAGCUUAAUUUACUGUUUAAAGGCAUUAUCUAUCUAUUGGUUAUGCCAGUGGGUAUAUGAUUGAAUUUAGGGAACAGGGUUGACACAGCAGGUGCUAGUCCUGCGUAUUUUUUCUUAAAUAUUUCCCAAUUGUGUUUUUCAUUAUUUCUUUUCAAUAUAUAACUUUUAUAACAAAUUAUUAGCUUUGAUCUUGUAGUUUAAAAUUGCAGGGAACUGGGGUAAUCUUUUACUGAGCUGGAUCUUAGAGAAAAUGAAUAUUUAAAAUUUAAAGUUUGCACAUUUCAUCUUUGUCCUAACAUGAGUGCUUGUAACAAGAUAAACAAAAAAUAAAAAGCCAAAAACUACCUUUCUCCAUCCAUGAAAUUAUAGAUGAGGCAUACAAAUUUCUUUAAUGCUUCCCUUCCCUCCCCAAAUAUCAUCUGAUUGCCUAUUAUCUGGUGUCACCUCGUAUAUUGUAAAUUAAUACUGAAAGGAAAGAAAGCACUUAAGUUUCACAGAGGCCGUUAUGUUUGUAGUAAUGGGUCAUUGCCUACUAAUGAACUCCAUCACUGUACACAGAAUGAAGAAUAAUGCAUGUUAAUUUUCUUGUAUUAAAGAUGCCGUGAUUUGUAAAAAGUCUGUAUUUUGCGGAAUGUCUGGAUUAAGAAGCAUUACCAAUAGGAAUGGAUCGAUAGUUGAAUAAUGAUUUUUUUAUACAUAGAUAUAUAAAAUACAGCCAGGAAAAUGUUAAAUUACUUUUUUUUAAAAAAAAAUCUCGCCAUUUAUGUUUUUCAAAGACUGAUCUUAGACCAAGUCAAAAUCCCAUCUAUCAUUUAGUUAUUUUUUAAGGUUAGAGAAAUAAUUUGUAAAUAUUUAUUUAGACCUUUGAUAUUUAUUAAAGCAAUUACACACCAUGGAAGUGAAAGAAUCAGGAGGAAAACCUUUUAAAAAGUUUUCUCCAGGUUUGUCAGGGUCACUCUAAAGAUGAAAAUGUAACUAAGUCUUCUGUGAAAGAAUUCUCCAUCCAGUCCUGAUGCUGUUGAGGUGGUGACACAAGCUAACGCAGGCUGCUGCACCUGAAUUAGGCAGUGACUGGGCAUCUUGUUCCCUCCCUGUCACUGUGAUGCGUCCGCAUCGCCACGGUGCCGGUGCCGUGGUCUGAGUGAGAUCGUAACCGAGAACACUUACCUUCUCUGAUUGUUUUUCAAGUUUUAAAACUUCGAUCCACCCCUAUGAGAGCAAGUAUUGUGGAAAUAUUUUUGGUGUAAAAUCAUUCCAGAGUAUGUACUAUUUACCUGAUAGCUGCAUGAAAGUAAGAUUCGUGUUACUUUGGCUUUUUUGUCUCCGUUGACACGGUUGCAACAUUUCCAAGUUACUACAGUGUGAAAACUGUGUGUUUAAAAAAAAAAAAAACAAAAUUAAAAAAAAGAGAUUGUGGCCUGGUUUUGUAAAAGUUUUAGGUAAAAUUACAACUGAUUGUUUUAGGAAUCACUAUUAAAAUUUUUUCUGCAAAUCAUAAA